CUGCUGCUGCUGCUGCUGCUGCGCUUUUGCGUACAUCUGACGGCCUCGCAGCCUGACCUCCUCCUGCAUUCAGUGCCCUCAAGAACCCACCUGCUGACCACACUCGUGUGUGUGUGCUUAACGGGGGUGGGGGGCGUUUCUGCAAGGGCCUUUAGGCUCCAGAAGUUGGUUUAUUUUUGGCAACUGUUGCAGUGCCACAAGAUUGCACUUUUAUGACCGGAGAUUGCUGGCAUCUGCCAGUGUGUGUUGACAAUCUGAUGGAUCUGUUUUCUGCAGUUGUCAAUGUUUGUUGAAUGCCGAAGAAAACGGGCACUUCCUCCAUCUCUGCUGUCUCUGUGUGCUGGUGUGGCAGGAUUCCACUUGACCUGGCAUUCAGCUUCCCAUGGGCUAGAAUCAGAACUUCAGGAACCAGAAGCAAAGUGUAAUAGCAAUGGUCCCCCCUCUAAAUGGGAACAGAGGAAGCUGCCAUAGACUGAGCCAGACCCUUGGUCCAUCUGGCUCAGGAUUGUCUACCCAGACUGGCAGCGGCUUCUCCCAGGUGGCAGGCAGGAAUCUCUCUCAGCCCUGUCUUGGAGAUGCUGCCAGGGAAGGAACUCAGAGCCUAGGGAGGAAGAACACUUCACAAUUCUUAGGCAACCUGUGUUACAUUUCUAAGAGCCUGAGUAUGCCGUCUCCUGGGGCUUUUGAGGCUCAAGAUUUAGCAGCCUGGGCAACCUUCAUUCAUCUACACUUGCAGCAGAAAAGCAAUCCGUGGGCCCAUGUGAAAGAAAACGAGCAGCUGUUCAUGCAGAUGGCGGAUGUGAUGGUGUCCGAGGGCUGGAGGGACGCCGGGUACGAGUACCUGUGCAUUGACGACUGCUGGAUGGCUCCCACCCGCGACAAGCAGGGCAGGCUCCAGCCAGACCCCAAACGCUUCCCCAGUGGGAUCAGCAAACUAGCAGCCUAUGUGCAUUCCAAAGGGCUGAAGCUGGGCAUUUACGCCGACGUUGGGAGCAAGACCUGCGCAGGCUUCCCUGGCAGCAAGGGCAACUACAAGCUGGACGCAGACACCUUUGCCAGCUGGGGGGUGGACCUGCUGAAAUUCGACGGCUGCAACUUUGGCACGCUGGCCCAGCUGGUGAAAGGCUAUAAGGACAUGUCUCGGGCUUUGAAUGAGACCGGCAGAAGCAUCGUGUACUCCUGUGAGUGGCCGCUGUAUCAGAGACCCCUUCAGAAGCCGAACUACACGGAGAUCAAGCAGUACUGCAACUACUGGAGGAAUUACGAGGAUGUCUACGAUUCCUGGUGUAGCAUCAAGGACAUCUUGGACUGGUCUGCCCUUCACCAGGACGACAUUGCAGAGAUAGCCGGGCCGGGGGGCUGGAAUGACCCAGACAUGCUGGUGAUUGGCAACUUUGGAUUGAGCCGGGACCAGCAAGUCACGCAGAUGGCACUCUGGGCGAUCAUGGCGGCCCCGCUGCUCAUGUCCAACGACCUGCGCUCCAUCUGCCCCCAGGCCAAGGCCCUGCUCCAAAACAAGGAGGUGAUCGCCAUCAACCAGGAUCCGCUGGGCAAGCAAGGAUACCGGAUUCUCGCGGAUCACAAGUUCGAGUUGUGGGAGCGGCCACUCUCCGGCGGAGGCUACGCCAUUGCGGUGCUGAACCGACAGGAGAUGGGCGGGCCGCAGACCAUCACCUUCUCUACCGCCAUCCUCGGGAACGGCUUGGCUUGCAACCCCACCUGUUGGAUUCAGCAGAUCCUCCCCACCAAGAGAGAGCUGGGGCUGCACAACUGGGCUUCCGCCUUCAAGGUGCUGGUGAACCCCACAGGCACCGCGCUGCUGAAGACCAAGGUGCCGGAGGAGAAGCCGGCCGCUGGCACACGCCGCCCUCCGGAGCACUGACACCGCCGCGGAAAGCUUGCGGCAGGGCCUCUGGCUGGCUGCUCAGUUAGCUGUCCAGAAACACGGAACGGAAACCUCUCCAAAGUGGGACAGGCCUGUGUCUGUGAGGCUUAGAGGGCGGGAAUAGGCCUUGUGACUUCCUGUGUGCUGGCCCCUCCUCUCUCCAUGUUGUGCACACAGGGGCCUCGUUCCCGCCACUUACGUAUUAUCAGUGUGGGCCAGAUCAGGGCGGGGGGGGGGGGUUCCACCCCAGAGACAGGGUGCAAGCUCUUGCAAGCUGUAGCUUGGGGGGGAAAUCAGUGCACGCACCCCAGAGGCUGUGCCUGAUGCGGCUUCACACGAGGCCUUGUUCGUUCUGCCUGAGGCCUUGUUCGUUCUGCCCGGCGGUGGGCAACCUUGGCUCCCCAGCCACAAUGCCUUGUUGCUGGGGAUUGCUGGAGAGCCCAGGCUGCCGGCUUCCCCUGGCCUGGAAGGAGCCAGGCUUGUUGGCUCAUCUGAGCAGGGGACAUGCACCGCCCCGUCCGUGUCUGUGCAAGGGUUGCCGCCUUCAUGCUACCUCUCUUCUGCCUCCCUCCCUCCUAGAAUUGCUUUCCACAAGGAGGCCAGAUGACCUCACGGCCCAGUCACUGCAUUCUUGUGUUUGUGUGGUGGUGUCUUGAUGUGUAGUUCUGAGCAUUUCUGCACUGCUAGUCUGUCCCGUUCUGUCCAGGGUUUUAAGGGAUACUGUGCCUUGAAUCAAAAGCUUCCUGGGGCCCGUUCAGCUGCAAGAGUCAUGAUGAAUUGGGAGUGGCCUUGGUUUGCAUUUGGAUGGAUCCUACAUGUGAGCAGUGGGAGAUAUUCCUUAACGGGUGGGGUCAUAGCUCAGUGGCCGAGGAGCUGCUUUCUAUGCAGAAGGUCCCCGGUUCAAUCCCUAGAAACAUCUCCAUUAGGGCUGGGAGAGACUCCUGUCCAAAACCGUGGGGAGCUGCUGCCAGUCAGUGUAGACAAUACUGAGCUGGAUGGACCAAGGGCCUGACUCAGUAGAAAGCAGCUUCUUAUCUUAUGAAGCAACAGACUGGUUUGAAUCCCCGCUGGGAUGGGAAACACCUAUCAGGCAGCAGCGAUCUAGGAAGAUGCUGAAAGGCGGCAUCUCGUACUGCGUGGAGGCAGCAAUGGUCAACCCCUCCUGUAUUCUACCAAAGACAACCACAGGCUCAAAAUUGACUCGAUGGCACACUUUAGCAGAAUUAAAACGGGCAAAACCUACAGCAAGGCGUCUCAAAUCAAAGCUGCAGGGGACACUGCUGGAUGAGAUUUACUUCUGGGUAAACAUCACAGAAAAAUCUUGGCCAUGUAGGAAAAAAACAUGGCACAUGAAUAUAGGACUGUCAAGUGCUCUGUGGCCUCUCGGCCAAACUCCUGCCCCCUUAACACUUCACUAGAAGGCUUCCGUUUGUACAUCUCAAUUGUGAAACUGAGGGACACCUCCCCCCCCCGCCAUGGGUCGCAAACCCUUUAAUCUCCAUUGCUGGCCAUGGUCCCAAGUGAGAGGAGAAGCUCACAGGGCCAAGACGUGUGGCUGCUUCACAGGUGCUGCUGUGGACUGAUUAGAGGGAAUCCAGGCAGUUGAAAAACCAAAGCUUAAUUGGGAUGUCUUGAAAUAAAAUUCUUCUCUUUCUA